GAUCAUUGUGCAAUCGGGUGGCCAGAACCGGCAGUUCACCUUCGAUUAUGUGUUUCCCCCUGAAGCCAGCCAAGAGGAGCUAUACACAACGGCAGUCUCCAAAACAAUCAAAGAGAUCCACAAUGGAUUCAAUGUCACCAUUUUGGCUUAUGGCCAAACUGGAUCAGGAAAGACUUACAGCAUGGGUACAAACUCACCGGAAAACUGCCCCAAUGAAACAAUGGGUAUCAUCCCAAGAGCCAUCCGCGACAUGUUUUGCACAGUCAGGGAGCGGGAGGAUGAAUACCAGUACCUGGUGAAAUGCUCAUUUGUUGAGCUGUAUGCAGAAAACCUGUAUGACCUGCUGGCUCCAGGGCCCCGAGAUGACAACAUCCUGGACAUCCGUGAAGGUGUGGGUGGUGAGAUCAGGAUGCAGGGAGUGACUGAGGUGCCCGUGGCAUCAUUGCAGGAGACCAUGCGAUGUCUUGAGCAAGGAUCCCACCACAGAGCUACAGGCUCCACAGCUAUGAACGCCCAGAGCAGUAGAUCUCACGCCCUGUUCUGCGUGACACUGCAACAGUGGAAAAAACAGAACAGACCACCGACUGAUUUAUCUUUGGUUUGGUUCGAGGGCCACAAGCUCGUUCUCGGUUUUGCGAUUCACGUGGAAGAGAUUAAAAGUAAAGAAGAUCUGCUUAGGGAGCUUGGUGAAUGCAAGAGUCAGUGGGACGACGAAAAACAGGAGCUACAGUAUCGUACUGAAGACCUGACGACGCAGCUCUCGGUGGUGACCCAAAAGGUGGAGACAUUGAGCUCACAGUUACGGGAUCUGGAGAGAAAAAAGCACGCAGAACUGCAAGAGGCACUCAACAUUGACGAAGCGACUCACAUGGAAGCUUUCAGGAACAAAGACGAGAAUCAUGAGGCAGAAAUUCUGAAAAUUACCACCCAGCACCAGGAAGAGCUCAAGAAUCUUGAGAGCAGUUGGGAAAGUCGAGUUGCGGAAAAAACGAAGCACCUGCAAGCGCAACAUUCCAAGCUGUUUGAAGAGCACCAGGGUCAGGAGGAGGCUUACAGAGUCCGCGUGAGUGAGCUGCUGAGCGAUGUAACUAAUCUUCAGUUGGAGAAAAAGGCUGCUGAAGAGCAGCACAAGGCAUCGCUCUCCUCCAUUAGCGCUGACUGCGAGAAGACAAGGGCUCACAGCAAGGUCGCAACAGCUCGAGAGAAAAUGGACGAGAAGCUUAAUGAACUGCAAGCUCGAAUGGACUCGACUGUACAAGAUCUCAACGAUACCAUUAAGAGCAGUGACUCGGCCGUCGCUCCUGUGCUUGCCAGUAAACUGGAGCUCAUCAAACAAGUGCAGCAACAGGUGGCGGAUUUGCAGACGAUGCAUCGUGAGAACGAAGAGCAGCUUGUGAGUCACGAGCUCACGCACCAUCAGGCUGCCGACAUUUCUGCUGAAGAAGACGAGCAUCAGCAGCCAUCAAAUGGCGACGGCAGUUCAUCUCCUCGAGAUAAAAGCCAAGACGAGUCCGCCUCUCCGGCCGCUGACUGCUCUGUGGCCAGCGCCCUCAUGCGCUCACAGAAGGGACAGGAGCUCGCCAGUCUCAAUCAUGCGCUGGCCCAAAAAGAAGAAUUAAUGAGGAAGAUGUUAAGCAACGAUAAGGACAUCGCCAACAUUCGGUCGUCAUACGAGCGCGCCAUUCAGGAACUGCAAGAGCGCAUAUCCACCGUCGAGCAUGAGAAGGAGAGCCUGCAGCAGCAGAUCGUGUCUGCCCCCAGCAACCCUGCCAGCAAACUUGCGGAGCAGCGUCGUGAGCGAGUCCAGGAGCUCACGCAGGAGAUUAACGACCUCAAGCAAAAAGUCAUUGAGAGGAACAAGGCCCUCGAGAUGAAGGAAAUGUCCGAGAAGAGGGUCGAGCCUCUCUCCAAUGAAAUCCAGGCGAUGAAACAAGCCCGCGUCAAGCUCAUCUGCCAAAUGAAGGAAGAUAAUGAUAAAUUCAAACGCGCUCAACAACUUAAAAACAAAGAGGUAUCAAUGUCUUACAAGCUGACGAAAGUAGAGCAGCAGUUGCAACAUAACGACCUCAGUGAAGAGUUCAGGACUGAGCUCUUGAACAAGCAGAAGGAUCUCAGCAGAGACUUGCAGCUGCGCACCGCUCAGAUCAACGAACUACAGCAGAAGGUUCUCGAGGGCGAUGGAGAGUCCUUGCUUGAACGGAAGCGGUUUGAAGGCCUGCAAGGCAUGAGCGAGACGAAGGCGGCGCUGACGAUGCUCUUCAACACAGCGGUGCAGCACAAGGCUCAAUGCGCCUCUUCCCAGCAAGAGCUCCAAGAGCUACAGGCGCAGUACAAGGAGUUGGUGGUCGCAUCGGAGGAAACGGAAGCCAUGCUUGAAGAAAUCAAAGCUGCCCACGAACAGCAAAUUAUGAAGCUUGAGAAUGCCCACGAGAACAAAGUGUCGUGUCUUCUGAGGCAGAAGUUGUCUUCUGAUCAGGAG